AUGAAUAGUGAAGAUACAAAUAAUACAACAACAUUACCAUCAUCAUCAUCAUCACCAUCAUCACCAGGUGUUGAUUCGAAACCAUUGACACCACCUCAAAAGAUUGAUGUUAUAGCUUUAGAUUUAGGUGGUGUAAUAUUCUCUGCUGGCAAAGAGGUCGCUUCUCAGUCGUGGGAACGUCGUGGCUAUGACUCGAAGCUGAUUCGUCAGCUGUUGACCUCGCCGGAAUCGAUGGAUCUGCGCAAAGGUUUGUUGACGGACGACCAAUUCUGGAAUGGCUUCUUCAAGCAGCGGUGUCCGGCCAACUACGACGUCGAUGUCAUCAAGAAGCUGUGGUACGAAGGCUACGUCAUGGAUCACGAUAUCUUGGCGCUGCUAUACUCACUCCGAACCAAUGGCUAUCGUAUAGCGGCAUUCAGUGGUAACAUUGAAUCGCGUAUCGACUACCUCGAAGACAAAUACAAUUUCCGACGUCACUUUGACUACGAGGUGUACUCGUACGACUGUCACUACACGAAACCAGAUACCCGAUUCAUCGAGGUACUCAUCAAAACCAUCUAUCCCAAUGCUACACCAGACACCUACCAACAAUACGGAUCACGCAUAGUCUACAUCGACGACAAUGUAAAGGAUGCAGAACCAUCGAAACUCUACAACAUACCAACAUUUAUCUAUCAUCGUGGACAAAUCGAUCAACUCAAAUCACAACUCUCAGAACUGGAUGUAAUAAAAACAAAAGUAAAUUAUAAAUUGUAA